AUCAGAGCGAGCCAUGUUCGACAUCGAAGGGAAAGUUGCUUUCAUCACGGGAGGCCUCGGCGGUAUAGGUAGGGCCUACGUUAAGGAACUGCUCAAAUGCAAAGCCAAGGCUGUUGUGAUAACAGACAUUGAUGAUAGCUUGGCCGAGAAGUUCCAGGAGGAAGUAGCCUCGGAAUUUGGACCGAACAAAACGAUGUUCAUCAAAGCGGAUGCGAGGAGCACGAAGGAAUUGGACGAUGCGAUGCAGAAGACUGUAGACGUGUACAAGAAUCUGGACAUCGUGAUCGGAAACGCCGGCGUGCUUGACGAAAUCGAUUUCGUUAACACCAUCGACGUCAAUUUAAUCGGAGCUUUGAAACUUCUUUACUUAGCCGUGGAUAAAUAUCUGCCCAAGUACAAGAGCGGAGAGGAUGCGGUUCUCUUCAAUUCCGCUUCCGUUUCCGGUAUCAAUCCUGUGAACGUUCUUCCGGCUUACAGCGCCAGCAAGCACGGUUUGGUGGCGAUCACGAGGAGUCUGGGAAGGCCGGAACAUUACGCAACCCAUAAGGUCAGGAUUGUUACGGUUUGCGGAACCGUGACUGAUACACCGAUGUCCCAUCAUUUCCGUGCGCCGAAGAACUACAUGGAUCUGUACAAUCCGUUCCAUCAGCAAGUCCUGGCUUCGAUGCAAACGUGCGAAUCUGCAGCCAAGGCUAUGAUCCUCAGCAUCACGCAAGGAGAGAACGGAUCCGUUUGGUUCUCGGAGAAGGAUAAACCGGCGACGGUUGUUAAAUUUCCGGUUCUUGGAGAAAUCUUGUAAAAAAAAAAAGCAUUGAUAUUUUGUAAUUUCUGUAAUAGUUUAUGCACACAAAUAGGAUUUUUCUCAGUUUGGAAGUACGUGAAUUGCGUAAUUUAGCCAAUAAUUAUGUUUACUCUUUGUUCGCACACAUGUACC